AUGCCUAAAGAACUCGUAGUUAAAUUGAGUAGAUUCUUCAAGGAAAAAAUUGAUUUGGAAAACUUAGCCAGUUCGGAUUUGAAAAUAAAAAAAGAAAAAAUUGAAAUUCGUCCACAAUCACCUGAAUUUGAAUUCAAAGGAUUUCCUAUAGACGAAAUAUUAUACGCCGAAAUUAAAUUGGAUACAAGUAAAAAUAAGGACGUAUUUUUGGGAUUCACUUCCACUGAAAGGGAAACCUCGAAAAAAAUUGCCGAUGAUAGAUUUGUAAGAAGUUUGGAAUCAGGCAAAAAUGGAUUUUUAGGAUUUUCAAAAGAAGACGUAUUGAAUUCCCUAUCGAUAGAAUCAAAUGUAAUAAAAACCGACGAAAGAUUACGUACGGAGUUAUACAAAACUAUCGACAGAAGGAUAUUGAAUAAUUACAAAGAUAAAAAUAUUAAACAACAAAUAGUCUGUUCCAAAUAUUGGUGUCAAGAUGGAAAUGGGGUUUUGGCAUCAAAUGGAAGAAAAAUAAACAAAUUUGAGGCUUUGGAUAGAGAAAGUGUCAUUGUUAUGCAAAUCAAAAAACUAAAACAAGAACUGAAACAAAUCCGAAAACAGAAGCAGGCCAACUCGGAAGAAGCGAAACUGGAAAAAUCUCAUUUUGUACAAACCAAAAAGGAACUGAUCUUGCCUCAAUUCGUACCACCAAAAUCACCACAUCAUUUGCUCGAGGAGGAUUUAUACCACGAUCCGUGGGCCUUGUUGGUCGCCACGAUUUUCUUGAAUAAGACUGCCUGCUCCACGGCCAGGCCUUAUGUUUUCUGGUUUUUGGAAGACAAUCCUGAUCCGUUGACGGUUGUUAGCAAAGGUGUCAAGGAUUUGAAAAUUUAUUUCGAACCUUUAGGAUUACAAUCGACUAGAGCUUUGCAGGUCUGGAAUAUGUCCCACGAUUUUCUUUACAAACAAUGGACCAAAGUCAGCGAUUUGUAUGGUAUAGGAAAAUACGGUGAGGACGCUUUCAGAAUGUUUUGUAUGGGCGACUUUUCGGUAGAGCCUGAAGACCGAUUUUUGAGGAUUUAUAAGGAUUGGAUCGAGAUGGAGGAGAAAAGGCUUAGAAUGAGAGAAAUGAACAGUUAG